AAAAGCAUUGAGUAGAGUCUGUAUCACAGGCUCCGUGUCUUGCAGGUCAGUGAGGAGGCUGUAGGAGGAAGGCAGCUCCUGUGUCACAGUGUGGGAGUACAGACGCCGCCUGAGAGGCACACGCAAUAGCAUUAAUGGAGCGCACCCGUACCCAAUUGGUCACAGUCUGUGUGACGUUUACGGAUGCGAAUCGAGCAGGUUCGCGCUGCCGGUGCAAUACAAGGGAAGGAAGCAAAGAUGAGGGUUUCCACCAAUCAUCUGCAGCAGCUCGCAAUCUUCACCACUGUACUGACUGGUGGAGAAACUGGCACCAUGUACUACCUGAUGCAGAAGAAAUUUGCUGGGUCAGACUACUACACACUGGCUCUGCAGAAAUUGGAAGAAUGUCCAGAGGCCAUGGAAAGCCUAGGGGUCCCACCUUUAAAAGUCUACAACAUCCAUCUGACUGACAGACACAACCGUGUAGAUCACAACACUGCACAGGUGGAGUCUGAAGCAGGUGGUGCUAAAGCUCCAAGAAGGACAGACAAUCAACCUGCUGACUCCUCAUCAAGCAACUGCUGCACAGGAACAGAGCACACGCAGGAGUUAGACACAUAACACUGGCACUGACAUACUCCAUGUAAUAAUGAUCAGAUUAGAAGUCUAAAUAACCAAUAAAAGGGAGGUACAGUAUAUUUACAAAAUGGCAAAUUCUCAGCUCCAGUAUCAUUUUGAUGAGACAGCUGACUGUCACAGGGCUUCUAACAGACUGCUUUGGAUUGUUGUUGGGUUAAGUAUGUGUUUGGUUUUGAAUGAAUAAUAUGAUACAGGCGGUUGUUGUACUGUCGUGAUGCUCUGUUUUUUUUUUUUUCGUUUUUUUUUUUUUCUUAUUUAAUUAAUUUCCUCUCAAAAACCAUGACAUAUUUGAAAAGUCCCACAGGUGCAGACCAAAGUUAAUCAGCAUAUAUCAAGGAUUCAAUUCAAUUCAGUUUUAUUUAUAUAGCACCAUAUCACAACAAAAGUCAUCUCAAGGCACUUUUCAUAUAGAGCAGGUCUAGACCGUACUCUUUAAAAUAGGCAUUUACAGAGAGAGACCCAAGAAAUCCCAUACAUACAUACAUACAUACAUAUUUUGUCUUCUAAGAUAAACAGUUAUCUUCUGGCUAUAGCUGUCAAUCAAUGCCAUUUUUAAACAGAUUGACAGAGCAAGAGGGAGAAAGAGAGGAUGUAUGUGUGUGUGUAUUUGUAUGUAAGAGCAGGAUGAACCAUAGCACAGGACAUAAACCUGUGGUUUCACUGACUUAAUUUACCACAACGUCCUGCUUCCUGUGCAGAUGCAGAUGAGGGAAGUGCAGUAUUUAUUAUUUUAUUUCACCCACAUAAAAACUAUGUUGUAUAACAUAAACCUACAUAGGCUAUAAUCAUGUCUGGCUCUCCUGUGAGCUUCUUCUUUUCAAACAGCAGGGUUACUGUGGUGGGGAUGGAAGUCUCAAGGUGUUUCAGUUUUUUCCAGUGUUUCCAGUGACUAGUUUGCAUACAGUUUGCAAAACACCAAACACAUUGUUGAGCAUUUAGCUGCAAGAAAGGUGUUUUUCUCAGACGUUGGUGUUAACCAAACCAAAGCUUAAAGAAAAGUGAGAUUUGGACUUAGAGUCAUCAGGAGCGCACAAACAGGAUUCCAAAUAAAUAGUAAUGUUGAUCGGCUGGAUGUGUAGAUACAGGUAGUAUUAGAGUAGAAUAAAGAAUGAACAAGCAAGUCUAAAUAGUAGGUCUUCUGCUGCUUUUGUCCACAGAUCAUAAAUUGAAAGAGAGUCAGUCCAAAAUGUAGGAGCCAUAAUCUCAAACAGCUCUAUUGACAAGCCUGCUGUACAUCUCUGAUGAAGCCGGUGCCUGACCUCAUCUGACCAUGCAGAGCUCUAUUCAAAAAUCAUUUUGGAUUAAAUUGUAAAUUUGAUGGGGAGCCAAUGGAAAUUAAAAUCAGUGUUAUGUGAAACAUCAUGGAGCAGCAGCAUAUUGGAUCACAGUGGAAAAGCUGACUCAACAGAAACACAUUUCUCUUCAUGGAGAGUAUAGUGAGCAGAUUGAAUGAAUUUGUUGAUGUUCACUGCACUUGAAUGAGAUACACUGAGUUUGUUUCUUUUCUGUGCUUACUUAUACAUGGAAAUUACUUAAAAUUAAGAUUUGAAAAAAAACUUUUAUCAGUUUAGAUUGUUUUAUUUUGACAGUGUCACAUAAAUGGUGAACAAUGGUGAACACAAAUUAACGUGGUGUACUGUGCUUGUGUGGGUAGAUGUGUGACUUUCAAGGGGAAAGAGUUUGAGAGGAAAUGAGUUGGUGUUUAGCACAUUUUUUCACAGCUGUCAGUUCCAGGAAGGAAAUUUAAAAAAUCAAAUAUAUGUAAAUAUUUUUGUCUCCAUGAACUUGAUUCUUGGUGUGUGUGUGUCUUGAAACCACUCAGUGUGUUUGUAUAUCAGUUCGAUCAUUUUUUAAAAAUGAGCUGCAUUAUCA